ACAAAAGAUAAGGUGAAUUGAAGAGAGAGAAAGUGAGAGAUCGGAAAAAAACCAAUCAAUCUUGAAAAACUCGAUGGAUUCCCUGCAAAAUUAAGAGAAAUUGUUGAUAAAACCCCCCAAAAAGGAAUUCCAAGAUCGUGUUUUGAAAUUUGAAUCAUCAAUCUUCAUCUGUGAUAAUUUCCGGCCACCGGAAAAGUAUCGGUUCAUGGCACGAGGCAGCAGAACGAAGGCCGCCGCCGGAGGAGCGAUCGGAACGAGAGAGACGGUGAUGGGUCAACAACAUGACGACAACGAGCCUCGGUAUCGUGGUGUUCGAAAGAGACCAUGGGGUCGGUUCGCCGCCGAGAUCCGUGAUCCAUGGAAGAAAGCCCGUGUUUGGUUAGGCACCUUUGACUCCGCCGAGGACGCCGCCCGUGCCUACGACGCCGCCGCGGUGUCCCUCCGCGGCCCCAAGGCUAAAACCAAUUUUCCGUCGUUGGCGUUAAGGUUACACGAAACCGCCGAUCAUGGAACCAUCGAUCACACACACCACCACCACCACCAUCACCAACGGAGUUUCUAUGAAUUUCAACAUUUUAAUACUAACCAAUCUCGGCCGACGACUAGCAAUCUGAGCAGUACCGUCGAGUCGACGAGUGGACCCCGUCCGUCAAAUCCACCGCGUGAAAGAACACAACAACCAUUAAAGCCGUCGCAGUUCCCUCCGAUGGACGACGAUUGCCAUAGCAACUGCGAUUCAUCAUCUUCGGUUGUCGAUGAUUAUUAUUGCGACGCCGAUCUCUCGUCAUCUUCCCGUAAACCCUUACCAUUCGAUCUCAACCUUCCUCCACCGUUGGCCGAUGUCGGAUUUUCCUCUAACCCAAUUGACGAUUCCGAUGACUUAUUCGUCACCGCUCUUUGCCUAUAAAUUUUCUCCGACGAUGAUGAACAAUUUUCACGCUACUUUCUCCAUCCUUUCUGCAAUUUUCUUGUUUUUAUCCCAAGAAAAAAUCAUCAUCCAUGGGGAUUCGAAGAUGAAAUCUCUGGUAAAUUUCCCCCAAAAUAGUCUUGAUUUCUUUAGAUUGAUGAUGAUAUCUGUAGAUUAGUGUAAUUUGAGGUCACUAUGCGAUUUAUGCUUCAACAUCUUACGAACUUAGAUUACGAAUUUCUGUCGUGUUGAAGAUGUAGUGUCGAUCAUCGUAAUUUUCCUGAGGAAUCAUAAGAUUUUAUAUGUAAUUUCACGAUCUGGAUCUUGAGUUUUGUUCUAAUCUCACGAUCUCUUUUUAGCUAAUUUUUCUUUAGCUGCUGCUGCUUCUUGUUUUUCAGAAUUUCUGUAUACAAUUAUAAAUAAAGAUACACACAG